AUUAUCACUUGGAAGAUACGGCAAAUGUUCAUUCAGAAGAUGUUUGCUUUUAUAAAGUGAACCCCUUAAAUGUAUUUGAACCUUCUUCACAACAUUUAAGUGGUGCGACUUCUUACCUAGAUAUACCUAAUGAACGAAUAAACGAAACCCACUCUUCGGCUCGUAUAUUUCAGGAUAAUUUUUGUUUUGAAAAGCCUUUAAAGCCUGACUGCGAAUUGGCUAAUUCUUCAUCCCCAUCCACUUCUGGGUUAGGCAUUAAUGUCGGCACUGAUCCUGAAGUCACACCUCUUCUUUCGUCCCAUAAAAGGCACUCAACGGAUUUACUGAGUGCUUCUAAUCGUGGCAGGAGCAAAACUGUUCAUCUCAAAGAUGCUUUUCUUAACAACGAAGAUCUUGCCAACGGAAAGGCGGGACAAUGUUUAUCACUUUGUGAUGAAGAGAUUGUUGAACUGGUGCGAAUGGGACAACGUAUACCUACACAUCUACCACUUACUCGAUCAGAAGAUAGAGCCCUGCGGACUGCAAGAAGAAAGAUACGAAAUAAACUUUCGGCAAAAGCCAGCCGUUUUCGUAGGCAAGAAUAUCUGUCAGGACUCGAAUCAAGGAUACAUAAUUGUUCUUCAGAAAAUAAGAAACUCAAACUUCGGGUGGAAGAAUUAGAAAUGGAUAAAAAGUAA